AUGUCUGGCGAAACUUUUGAAUUUCAAGCUGAAAUCACUCAGUUGAUGAGUUUGAUCAUUAACACCGUUUACUCAAACAAAGAAAUCUUCUUGAGAGAAUUGAUUUCUAACGCUUCUGAUGCCAUCGACAAGAUCAGAUACCAAUCUUUGUCCGAUCCAAAGCUAUUGGAAACUGAACCUGAAUUAUUCAUUAGAAUCACUCCAAGACCAGAAGAAAAAGUUUUGGAAAUUAGAGAUUCUGGUAUUGGUAUGACCAAAGCCGAAUUAAUUAACAACUUGGGUACUAUUGCCAAGUCCGGUACAAAGGCCUUCAUGGAAGCUUUAUCUGCUGGUGCAGACGUCUCCAUGAUUGGUCAAUUCGGUGUCGGUUUCUACUCUUUAUUCUUGGUCGCUGAUAGAGUCCAAGUUAUCUCCAAGAACAACGAUGAUGAACAAUACAUUUGGGAAUCCAAUGCCGGUGGUUCUUUCACUGUCACUUUGGAUGAAGUUAACGAAAGAAUCGGUAGAGGUACCAUCUUGAGAUUGUUCUUGAAAGAAGAUCAAUUGGAAUACUUGGAAGAAAAAAGAAUUAAAGAAGUCAUCAAGAGACAUUCUGAAUUCGUCGCUUACCCAAUUCAAUUGUUAGUCACCAAGGAAAUCGAAAAGGAAGUCCCAAUCGCUGAAGAAGACGAAAAGAAGGAAGAAGAAGAAGAAAAAUCUGAAGAAGACGACAAAAAGCCAAAAUUAGAAGAAGUUAAAGAAGAUGAAGAAGAAGAAGAAAAACCAAAGACUAAGAAAGUUAAGGAAGAAGUCCAAGAAUUAGAAGAAUUAAACAAAACUAAGCCACUAUGGACUAGAAACCCAUCUGAAAUCACUCAAGAUGAAUACAACGCUUUCUACAAGUCUAUCUCCAACGACUGGGAAGACCCAUUAUACGUCAAGCACUUCUCCGUCGAAGGUCAAUUGGAAUUCAAGGCUAUCUUAUUCAUUCCAAAGAGAGCUCCAAUGGAUCUAUUCGAAAGUAAGAAGAAGAAGACUAACAUCAAGUUAUACGUUCGUCGUGUUUUCAUCACUGAUGAAGCUGAAGAUUUAAUCCCAGAAUGGUUAUCCUUCGUUAGAGGUGUUGUCGACUCUGAAGAUUUGCCAUUGAACUUGUCCAGAGAAAUGUUACAACAAAACAAGAUCAUGAAGGUCAUCAGAAAGAACAUCAUCAAGAAGAUCAUCGAAUCUUUCAACGAAAUUGCUGAAGAUUCUGAACAAUUCGAAAAGUUCUACUCUGCCUUCGCCAAGAACAUCAAGUUGGGUAUUCACGAAGACACUCAAAACAGAGUCGCUUUAUCCAAGUUGUUGCGUUACAACUCUACCAAGUCUACUGAUGAAUUGACCUCUUUGACCGAUUACGUCACUAGAAUGCCAGAACACCAAAAGAACAUUUACUUCAUCACUGGUGAAACUUUGAAGGCUGUUGAAAAAUCUCCAUUCUUGGAAGCUUUGAAGGCUAAGAACUUCGAAGUCUUAUACUUGAUUGACCCAAUUGAUGAAUACGCUUUCACUCAAUUAAAGGAAUUCGAUGGUAAGACUUUGGUUGACAUUACCAAGGAUUUCGAAUUAGAAGAAACCGAAGAAGAAAAGGCUGAAAGAGAAAAGGAAGAAAAAGAAUUCGAAGAAUUGACCAAGGCUUUGAAGGAAGUUUUGGGUGAACAAGUCGAAAAGGUCGUUGUUUCUCACAAGUUGUUGGAUGCUCCAGCUGCUAUCAGAACUGGUCAAUUCGGUUGGUCCGCUAACAUGGAAAGAAUCAUGAAGGCUCAAGCUUUGAGAGACACCUCCAUGUCUUCUUACAUGUCCUCCAAGAAGAUCUUUGAAAUCUCUCCAAGAUCUCCAAUCAUCAAGGAAUUGAAAAAGAGAGUCGAAGAAGGUGGUGCUCAAGACAAGACCGUCAAGGACUUGACCAACUUGUUAUUCGAAACUGCAUUGUUGACCUCUGGUUUCUCCUUGGAAGAACCAUCCUCCUUCGCCUCCAGAAUUAACAGAUUGAUCUCUCUAGGUUUGAACAUCGACGAAGAAGAAGAAGAAGCCGCUCCAGAAGCUGCUCCAGAAGCUGCUGUCGAAGAAGUCGCUGCUGACACCGAAAUGGAAGAAGUUGAUUAA